AUGGUGUGUCUAGAAAUUGUAUAGAGAAAGAAAAAUAAUCUGCGAGUGAGAAUGUGUGUGCGCGCGUAUUUGGGGGUUGUGCAGUACUAAGCUAUAGAUUUCAAGGUGCAAAGCUAACUGAGAGAGAUUUUCUUUCUUCAUCGUAUUCGUUCUUCUGAAGUUUGUCCUUUUUUCCAAAAAACACCGACACUGGUGGGUGUGGUUGUGGUUGUGGUAUAGUUUCUGAUCCACGUCCCACUCUUCUUGAUCUUUUUCUUUGAUUGUCUUAAAUUCCGAUGACUCUCCUGCACUGUUUUUAGUUCCUCCAUGGCUGUUUUAGAAAACCAAAUAAACCUGAAUUUGGUUUUGUAUGCCUGUAGUACUGUUUUUUGACCUAGCUAGAGGUCAGGAUCAACGGAGCAAAGUCUGCUACUUUCAUUUGGGAAGAGAAAAAACCAUGUAUGGGGACUGCCAAGUAAUGUCAACCCUACGAGCUGGUGACGUAGUUUCACCAGAAACCCUCUUUUCGUCGGCGCCGGUCCAAAACCCUAGUUUCAACUUCAUGCCUUUCCAGCCUUUCCCUCCCAUGAUUGCUAAAGAAGAAAACGGGCUGCUGAGAGGAAAAGAUGAGAUGGAGAGUGGGUCUGGGAGCGAACAAGUUGAAGAAAAGUCGGGGAACGAGCAAGAGAGUGAACAGCCUCCCAAGAAGAAACGCUACCAUAGGCACACUGCUCGGCAGAUCCAAGAAAUGGAAUCUUUGUUUAAGGAAUGUCCACACCCAGAUGACAAGCAGAGGCAGAAACUCAGCCAAGACCUUGGCCUCAAACCGCGCCAGGUCAAGUUCUGGUUCCAAAACCGGCGAACCCAGAUGAAGGCACAACAAGACCGGGCGGAUAAUGGGAUACUUAAAGCGGAGAAUGAGUCUCUAAGACAGGAGAAUUUCCGGCUACAAAGGGCGCUAAGCAAUGUUGUCUGCCCUAAUUGUGGAGGUCCGGGAAUGCUGGGAGGGGAGAUGGGCUUCGACGAACACCAACUUCGCCUUGAGAAUGCUCGGCUCAGAGAAGAGCUUGAACGUGCUUCUUGUCUCGCUUCGCAAUAUGCUGGUCGGCCAAUCGGAGCAAUGCAGUCAGCUGCUAUGCUUAUGGCCCCUUCAUUGGAUUUGGAUAUGAAUAUGUUUUCAAGGCAUUUCUCAGACCCUAUGGCUUCAUGCACAGAUCAAAUGAUUCCAGUGCCUAUGUUAAUGCCUCCAGAAACUUCCCACUACCCAGAAGGCGGUCUAUUAUUGGAAGAGGAGAAGCCAAUUGCAUUGGAGCUUGCCGUUUCAUCCAUGGAUGAACUGGUGAAGAUGUGCCAAGGAACUGAGCCUCUUUGGAUUCGUGACAAUCAAAAUGGAAGAGAAGUCCUUAAUCUUGAGGAGCAUGCGAGGAUGUUUCCGCGGUCGUUGAACCUCAUCAAGCAGCACUCGAAUGAGUUCAGGACGGAAGCCACCCGUGAUAGUGCCGUGGUUAUAAUGAAUAGCAUCACCUUGGUCGAUGCCUUCCUUGAUUCUAACAAGUGGGUAGAAUUGUUUCCUUCAAUUGUUUCAAGAGCAAAAACUGUUCAAGUUAUUUCAUCAGGUGAUCCUGGGCACGCAAGUGCUUCUCUUCAACUGAUGUAUGCGGAAUUGCAAGUUCUUUCUCCUCUGGUACCCACUCGUGAGGCUCAUUUCCUUCGUUACUGCCAACAGAAUGCUGAGGAAGGGACAUGGACAAUUGUUGAUUUUCCAAUUGAUAGCUUUCAUGACAACCUUCAGCCCUCCUUUCCCAUAUACAUGAGACGGCCCUCUGGCUGUCUUAUUCAAGAUAUGCCAAAUGGCUACUCCAGGGUUACAUGGGUUGAGCACGCAGUGGUAGAGGAGAAACCUGUUCAUCAGCUAUUUAGUGAGUUUGUCUAUAGUGGGAUGGCAUUUGGAGCACACCGCUGGUUAGCUGUCUUGCAGAGACAAUGUGAAAGAGUUGCAAGCCUCAUGGCUCGAAAUAUAUCUGACCUUGGAGUGAUACCCUCUCCAGAGGCACGAAAGAACCUGAUGAAACUGGCUCAAAGAAUGAUAAGAACAUUCUGCAUCAACACCAGCACUUCUAGUGGGCUGAUAUGGACGGCUCUAUCAGAUUACCCUGAUGACACUGUUAGAAUUUCUACAAGGAAAAUCACAGAGCCUGGACAACCAAACGGGCUCGUACUCUGUGCUGUUUCCUCUACUUGGCUUCCAUACACUCAUGACCUUGUCUUUGAUCUCUUGAGAGAUGAACGCCGUAGAUCUCAGCUUGAUGUUCUCUCCAAUGGGAAUUCGUUACAUGAGGUGGCUCACAUUGCAAACGGCUCUCAUCAGGGAAAUUGCAUUUCUCUUCUACGCAUCAACGUAGCCAGCAACUCAUCCCAGCACGUUGAGCUAAUGCUGCAAGAGAGCUGCACCGACCCGUCCGGGAGCCUUGUUGUGUACACCACCAUCGACGUGGACUCCAUCCAACACGCAAUGAGCGGCGAGGACCCCUCCUGCAUUCCCCUCUUACCAAUAGGAUUUGUCAUAGUUCCGAUUGGAUCCACGGACACCACUAAUAUUUCCGGCGAUGGGAACCAAAUCCCAUCAUCCGAAGAUCAAGGGGGUACUGCACCUAGUUCUUCUCCAGGCUGUCUACUCACAAUCGUAGUCCAAGUUCUCGCAAGCACAGUUCCAUCCGCAAAGCUCAACCUCUCCAGCGUGUCGGCUAUCAACAACCACUUGUGUAACACAGUGCACCAGAUCACUGCUGCUCUCAGUAGCAGUACUAGUACCACCGGCACGACCAGCUGGCCUGAUAACAGUACUAGUGCCUUAGGCUCUUGUACUGAAAUCGCAAGCGCAACACCCAAUUAGCAAUAGCUUAGGAGGUGUUUAAAUGUACCCAGAAUUUCCUCCCACUUUUCCCAGAUCUAGAAACUACCUAGCAUGAGGUAAAACCAAAGACAUUUUGAUCCAUGAGGGACUGAUCUAGGGUUAGAUUUUUGUGAAGGAGCUGCUUGCACGUACAGGGGCCAGCUCUAAUUACCAUGACCCAUCCUUUUCCUGUUGGGAACUGGGAAGAGUGGGAAUAAUUCUGGGUAAUUUAGUUGGAAAGCGAUGCGGAGCUUGGGGUGCCAAGUUAAUAAUUAAGAUCAUGGGUGAACUCCAGUAUUUUAAAGGUAAAUAAGGGACACUGUAACUAAUGAUAGUGGUCAUGGUAGGUGUUAUUUUGUUGGGUGGGGGUGAAGGUGGAGAUCAUGGGGUCGGGUUGGUUCUGGGAAAGACGUUUGUAGCAUUAAUGAUCAUCAUGAUGGUACGUUGUAGUAGUAGUGGAAGUAAAGAUCAAUGUGUGUUUGUGUGUGUGGGUGAGAUAAGAAGAGGCCAGAGGGGGAGUCAAGAGCGCACCAGACAUAUAUAUAUAUGACCCUUUUUUUUUUUUUUUUUUGGUAAGGCUUUAUCCUUUCUUAUAAUCGAGACCAAUGGAGAUGGGCCUCAUCACUAGUCAUGAAGGGUUGUGGUUCGGGUAUUGACUUCUGCUUGUCUGUCGGCCAAGCUCGCUCGUUUUCUCUCUACUUUUUUCUUGUAUUUUUUUGAUGAAUUCAAUGCUAUUUUGAAUU